GUAACUUGUGUUGUUUGAUGAACACAUUUUCAUCGUUCCGCGGAUAAUUUCCAAAAUGGCCACCAAAACGAUCGCUUCAAAGGACAAGUCCAAAAAUAUUAUGCGCGAUCUGCGUAUCCGCAAGCUCUGUCUGAACAUUUGCGUCGUUGAAUCUGGUGAUAGGCUGACCCGUGCCGCCAAGGUGUUGGAGCAGCUGACCGGUCAGACCCCAGUUUACUCGAAGGCUCGUUAUACCGUCCGUUCCUUCGGUAUUCGCCGUAAUGAAAAGAACGCUGGCACUGUCCGUGGUGCCAAGGCCGAGGAAAUCCUUGAACGUGGUCUGAAGGUGCGUGAAUAUGAGUUGAGACGCGACAAUUUCUCCCAGACCGGCAACUUCGGUUUCGGUAUCCAAGAACAUAUCGAUCUGGGCAUCAAGUACGAUCCAUCGAUCGGUAUCUACGGUCUGGAUUUAAAUAAAUAA